CGCGCACGCACGGGGGGUGGACGUCAUACGUAAAGGAGGCAGUCAGAGACUGUCAGUGCUGACCACUGCCUCUGUCACGGCCACGCAACGGAGCAGGUGUGUGUGUCAGUGUGUGUAUCCCGGGACACACAUCCUCGUACUGGACACGUUAUCCGUUUCUUGUGUUGGUUUUUAUAAUUAGAGCAAUCAUGUUGUGGACAGCCAAUCAGGUCCUCCGACGGUUCUCCACCACCUCCCAUUACUACCAGAGCAAGCUGAAACUGGCUCUGAUUGGCCAGAGCCUGUUCGGACAGGAAGUCUACACCAGCCUCAGGAAGCAGGGACACAAGGUGGUCGGUGUGUUCACCGUACCUGACAAGGAUGGCAAAGCGGACCCCCUGGCGGUGGCUGCGGAGAAGGACGGCACCCCGGUCUUCAAGUUCCCGCGGUGGCGUGUGAAGGGGCAGCCCAUCGCGGAGGUGGUGGAGGCGUACAAGUCGGUGGGCGCCGAGCUCAACGUCAUGCCCUUCUGCUCGCAGUUCAUCCCCAUGAACGUCAUCGACCACCCCCGUCACGGCUCCAUCAUCUACCACCCCUCCAUCCUGCCGCUGCAUCGCGGGGCGUCCGCCAUCAACUGGACCCUGAUCCAGGGCGACGCCCAGGCAGGGUUCAGUGUCUUCUGGGCAGACGAUGGCCUGGACACCGGGCCCCUGCUGCUGCAGAGGUCCUGCAGCGUGGAGCCCAACGACACCGUCGACUCCCUCUACAACCGCUUCCUGUUCCCCGAGGGCAUCAAGGCCAUGGUGGAAUCGGUGCAGCUCAUCGCGGACGGGAAGGCGCCGCGGGUCAUCCAGUCUGAGGAGGGGGCGAGCUACGAAGGCAUCCAGAAGAAGUCCAACGCCAAGGUGAACUGGGCCCAGCCAGCGGAGGCCAUCCAUAACUGGAUCCGAGGCCACGACAAAGUCCCUGGAGCCUGGACCGUCAUCGAUGGUCAGAACGUGACCCUGUACGGGUCGUCUCUGCUGAGCGGGACCCCCGCCGACGGCCAGCCCCUGGAGGUCGAGGGUCUGGCCACGCCCGGCCUGGUCACCAAGACCGGCCUGGUGCUGCACGGCUCCGACGGGAAGGCGCUGCUGGUGAAGAGUCUGCAGUUCGAGGACGGCAAGAUGAUCCCCGCCUCCAAGUUCUUCUCGUCGGGGGAGAGCUCCAGCGUGGAGCUGAGCCCGGAGGAGCAGGCCCAGGCCGAGGAGAUAAGGGCCAUCUGGAAGGGCAUCCUGAGCAACGUCCCGGCCGUGGUGGACACAACAGACUUCUUCAAGUCGGGCGCAGCCUCCAUGGACGUUGUCAGGCUGGUGGAGGAGGUGAAGCAGCGCUGUGGGGGGGUGGAGCUCCAGACGGAGGACGUCUACAUGGCCUCCACCUUCCAGGACUUCGUCCAGGUGUUCGUCAGAAGGCUCCGAGGGGAGGACCAGGAGGAGGAGCUAGUGGUGGACUAUGCCACGCAGGACAUCAACAACAUGACGGUGAGGAUGCCCCACCAAUGCUUCAUCAACGGCCAGUUUGAGGACGCCGAGAACGGGAAGACCUCCGACACCAUCAACCCCGCGGACGGAUCGUUGAUCUGCAAGGUGGCCGCCUCCUCUGUGGGCGACGUGGACCGCGCCGUGGCCGCCGCCAAGGAGGCCUUUGAGAACGGGCCGUGGGGCCGGAUGAACCCCCGGGACAGAGGCAGCAUGCUGUACAGGCUGGCUGACCUGAUGGAGGAGCAUCAGGAGGAGCUGGCCACCAUAGAGUCCAUGGACUCCGGGGCCGUGUACACCCUGGCCCUGAAGACCCACGUGGGCAUGUCCAUCCAGACCUUCCGCUACUUCGCCGGCUGGUGUGACAAGAUCCAGGGUAAGACCAUCCCCAUCAACCAGGCCCGGCCCAACCGCAACCUGACCUUCACCAGGCGGGAGCCACUGGGUGUGUGUGCCAUCGUGAUCCCCUGGAACUACCCCCUGAUGAUGCUGGCCUGGAAGAGUGCAGCCUGCCUGGCAGCAGGAAACACCCUGGUGCUGAAACCGGCCCAGGUCACUCCCCUCACUGCGCUGAAGUUCGCUGAGCUGACGGUGAAGGCGGGCAUCCCUAAAGGGGUCAUCAACAUCGUCCCGGGAUCGGGCGGUCUGGUGGGCCAGCGGCUCUCGGACCACCCGGACAUCCGCAAGCUGGGAUUCACCGGCUCCACGCCCAUCGGGAAGCACAUCAUGCAGAGCUGUGCGCUGAGCAACCUGAAGAAGGUGUCUCUGGAGCUGGGAGGGAAGUCUCCGCUCAUCAUCUUCAGCGACUGUGACAUGGACAAGGCCGUCCGCAUGGGCAUGAGCUCUGUGUACUUCAACAAGGGCGAGAACUGCAUCGCGGCCGGACGGCUGUUUGUGGAGGAGUCCAUCCACGACGAGUACAUCACAAGAGUGGUGGAGGAGAUCAAGAAGAUGAAGAUCGGAGACCCCCUGGACCGGUCCACGGACCACGGGCCCCAGAACCACAAGGCCCACCUGGACAAGCUGGUGGAGUACUGCGAGGUGGGAGUGAAGGAAGGGGCCACGCUGGUGUGCGGGGGCCGCCAGGUGGACAGGCCAGGGUUCUUCAUGGAGCCCACAGUGUUCACAGGCGUUGAGGACCACAUGUUCAUCGCCAAAGAGGAGUCCUUUGGCCCCGUGAUGGUGGUGUCCAAGUUCAAGCAGGGGGACGUCGACGGCGUGCUGGCGCGGGCCAACGACACCGAGUUUGGCCUAGCGUCGGGGGUGUUCACCCAGGACAUCAGCAAGGCCAUGUACGUGAGCGAGAAGCUGGACGCGGGCACCGUGUUCAUCAACACCUACAACAAGACGGACGUGGCCUCGCCCUUCGGGGGCUUCAAGCAGUCGGGCUUCGGCAAAGACCUCGGGGAGGAUGCUCUGUCAGAAUACCUGAGGACCAAGGCGGUCACCGUGGAAUACUGAGAGAGGAAACCUCCUCUCCUUGGACUCAACUCAAGUUUGGAACUGGACUCUUCUGCCUGCUCGGGUGGUGUAACCCACCCCCUAAACAGGGGGUGUAACCCACCACCCGACGGCGUUACCCCAAUAAGGGACUGGGGCGUCUGGGGAGGAUAGUUAGGACCCCUCUUCUCCAGCCUGGACCACGUGCCUAACGUUUCCCAGCAUUCCCAGCGGAAACGUGCAUCACACCCCAACACCACGAAAACAGCUUCUAUAUCUACCAGAACCAAGGCAAGGCGCUCUGCUCUGGGGCAGAGGUGAUCCGGCCUUCCUUCAAACUCUGUUCAGUAUUUAUCUUCACGUUUUCAGUUCUUCCGACCCACGUCCUGACUAUUAGUUUUAAACAGCGAGACCAGAUGCUUCAUCUCCUUGACAGCCACACACACACAAGAUGGCGAGAGAGAGAAAUAACAAAAUCAUGACGACUGAUCCGUUUAAAGUGUGAACGUACUGACCGACCUCAAAGAGCAAAUUGUUAAUCCAUUGUAGACCUCCAAGAAUAAUAUAAUUACCUUUAAGCCAAAUCCUUAUUGUGAAACUAUUGCCAACUUUAAGAUGAGACCCUGGAAGGAGAUCAAAGCUUUUCAUAUCGGUGUGUCUUCACGAGUUUCUUCCACAGAUCUCAGACAUCACAACAUCUCUGCCCUUAUGAGUCUUAAACGUUAACGCAAGUCAUUCGCAACUCUGUGUCAAAUGGAUGGUUUAUUGUAAAUAGUUUAGCAAAAACAUUCAUAAAAUAUCUAUUUUAUAUAUUUUGAAAGCGCUUUCAGUUAGCAAUGGUAUAUACAACUAUGGUAUCUUUUGAGACUCUUUACAGUAGAUUGACUAGAAAAAAAAAACAUUGAGCACUACCAUAUGAAAUAGUUUUUCUAUUGAAUCGGUCUUCACUUAAGACACUAAGGGCUAAGAAAUGCAGAGAAUCUGUUGUGUGUGUGUACGACCAACGCUUGACGGCCGGUUGAAAUAGUAUUAACCAAUGAAGGAACUGUUUUCUAUUCUGUGUGCAUGGAAAGGCGCCUCAAUAAAGUGUCCUCGGUCAUUAAAGGGA